CAGAAAUGAAACAACGAUGUUGACCAUCGCAUUCCAUACAAGACCAUGUCUUCAGGAACAGCAUAUCGCUGGGACCACCCCGGGAUGGAUUUUCUCCAUCUAUAUCCAACUACCCAUAAAUCAAGGCCAGUCGUCAACUUGUACAAGGCCCCACCCAUCAAAAGAAUGUCAGGCAAACUACUCGUGCCGUCGCUCGCCAGCCAACUCCCACUUGAGCUCAUCCAUCAGAUCUUCCUCGAGCUCGACGUGCCCAGUUUGGGACAGGUACGCCGAGUCAACCUUGCGACAAGGCACCUCGUCGAAUCCUUUCCGGUAUAUCAGUUGCUGCGACAACACGCUCCGGAUGCCUUGCGGGUCAUGCAUGCUACUAAGUGCGCGUCUUUCUUCCCCAUCCACUGGCUGUUCACUGAGUUCUGCCAGCCCUGGUGCCGCUCCUGUGGAGAGUUCGGACCAUAUCUCUACCUUCCCACGGUGACCCGUCUCUGCUUCCAGUGCUGCCUCUUUAGCCCCGACUAUCGAGUCGCCCCUGUGCGGCAAGUGAUGUUCCAUUUCGGCAUCUCCCGCCACCAGAUCAAAUCACUGCCGGUGAUACACAACAUCUCGGAGGAGGAAUUCCCGGGGGAGGGAACCCAAAGACACAAGUUCGUGGACGUGGCCCAGGCGCAGAAACUGGGCCUCCGCAAGCACGGCAGUCUGGAGACUAUGAAGCAGCUAGCCAAGGAGCGUUCGACGGCCGCAGACGACGCCUACCGCCAGCGACGGGGUGAUCUCCGGCAGGGACGUCGCACUAAGCCCGUUCGUCGCCGGGGCAUCCCGCCGCACCCGGCCCACAACGGUGACGCCGACUUUUGGCGGCACUGCGGCGCAACGGCGUUUCCUUACUGGGAUUGCGAGACGCAGACCCUCGAGCCGGGCACGUACUGCCGCGCCUGCACCUACCACUGGGAGGAGAAGGUGGCGGAAGAUAAGUUCUCCCUUAAGUGGCCGAUAUUUCCAGCGGCGUCGUGGAAAAAGCAGCCGUCGGUGAAGGUGGCCUAUGACCGUGCAUUUAGGGCGACGGACCUGCCGGGGCACUUUCUCCAUUGCCGGCAAGUGAGGAAGAGGUAUGAUUUUUCUAAGCGGCAAGGGCCGCCGCUUGACUGGCCGUGGCAGAGAAGUGGUGAGGAUUUUCUUGUCAGUGCGACGGGGCAAUUUCAAUUGAAGAAGUAGAUUGUAGUCUUCAAUCCGUUCGUUCUAUUGUCUCUCCGCCGCUGCACCAAAAUACCGAAUGGCAUCGUAGUCAGGCUUGAUGUGACUGAUAUCCCAAC